UUUCUCACGCUCGUGCUGUUGCUCGGCGUUUCCGCCGGUAAAUCAGAGCAUAUUAAAUUAGACGAAGUAACGGCAGAUGUGGUUUCCGAUUUUGUCAUGUCGGUGGAAUUCGACAGCACGCGCUCCGUGUGCAGGCCCGUACCGCGUGCCAUGACUCUGUGCCGUGGUCUCGGGUACGCGCAUAUGCGGCUUCCCACGCUGCUGGGUCACGAGAGCGCGCGGGAAGCGCAGCAACAGUCGGGCGCGUGGUUGCCUCUGGUCAAUAAACGGUGUCACCGAGACACCACCCGGUUCCUGUGCUCGCUCUUCGCCCCCGCGUGCCUACUGGAGCUCGACUGUUAUGAACGCUUUUGUCUUCCCGUGGCCGGAUGCGUUUAACUGUAGCCGCUUCCCCGGAUUUAAUUCAACACUAUGCGUUCCUGGAACUGACGACACCAGGCGCGUGGAGGUACGGUACUCUGUGACGCCUGCAGCCCAGAAUCCGAGGCAGAGAAGGAGAUCAAGGAAAACCUCUGCAGAAGUUCGUUUGCAUUUAGGCUUCAGCUUGGCUCCUCCUCCCUGGAGGGGACAGACCUGUGAAUGGAGCCUCAAGGGCGGAAUUGAGUCCUAUGUUGGGAAGGCACAGAGCAAGAACAACAGGUGGCAAUGCAGCAGAACACUCUCUGGCUGACAGACGCUGGUAACUGCUCAUGUCAGGCACUGGAUGGGCGGAGCUUAGGUCCACUUCUGGCAUUGGGGAAAAUGGAGGAUGGACGCAUUGUUCUCUUCCAACUUGUGAAAUGGCCUCACCAUGAGAGAGAGCUGAAAAAGUUCAUCAGGAAACUGCGCAAGAAGCCAUGCUGAAGUUCCUACUGAUAAAUGCGAAAAAUUGUUUGUGGUGUUGUCUGUUAGCAGCACCCUAAGUUUUAGUCAUGGUCAGUAUUUUUGAAAAACAUUUUUCUUCAACACAUUUUGCUUAAGUUGAAAGGUGAGGCCUGGUAGUUUCUGAUGUCAGGUGAAAAGAAAAUUGGUUAUAUAAGCUUUAAGGAAUUAAACAAGUUUAUUAGAAGGCAGAUUUACACCCAAUUUACUGCCAGCAGGAGUGGAGCUAGCAUUUACUUGAUAUUUACUAGCAAACAUGGUGAAUGGUUUUAAUUAUAGAUGAUUGUAAUUAGCCUAAUGUUAACUAGCUUCCUAGUGCUUUGAUUUACUUACGAAACAUAAUACUUACCCUGUGCUUAGCUUGCUUGUUAGCUAACUUAGCUAGUCACUAAACACCAGAAGUUACUGCUAGAGAGUUAACAUUAGCUGAGCUAACUACACAGCAAUGUUGAGACACGUGCACUUUGGAAUUUUUGUGUGUUUAACUGUGUUAAUAGCUGCACUAUAUUAAUUAAGCUAAUUUCAUCUGGACACUAUUUUUAGAAAGUGUUUAAUCAAAGAGCUGGAUUUUUAAAGUGUAAAUAAUUGACAUUUUCUUUAUAUUUACAUGCCAGAUUAAAAAAAAAAUCUAAUAUUAGGUUUUAAUUUUAGGUGGUCUUUCUAUUUUGUUACGAUUUAUUCACAAUCUGAUGCACUGUUGGUCUUGAUGUAAAACAAGUUUAAUGCAUUUCCUCAUGUGAUUUUAUGACCAUGUGAUGUUUUAUGCUAACAUGAAUACUCGAUUUAAAGGGAGAAUGUUUUCCUCAUUAAUGUCUCUAUCGAAGUUAAAAUAACAACUUCAUCUUCAACACUGGGCAAUGAAGGUGGGAAUACAUCCUGGUCGAAACCCCAGUUUGCCGUAGGACACAAUACACGUUCACGUAGGGCCAGUUUAUCUUCGCCCUCUGGCAUGUUACUGGGAGGUGGGAGGAAACCAACAUGGACAUUGGGAGAACAUGUGAAACAGUAACCUGAGCUCAGGGUGGGACCCUGAAGCUGUGCGGCUAUGAAACCCUCUACUGUACACUUCCUGGACUGAGUUUAAAGGAAGAAACAUUCAGCAGUGCACCUGAUUUAUAAUAAUGUUUUCUGUAUAAUCAGUUCAUUGACAUGGUGUGAUAAAGCCAAGGGGGGUGCGCGCUCAGAGCUGCUUAGUGUAAGCGGAGCACAGGGGUUAAUUAAUAAUUCAGAGCAGGGAGCUCAUUGGCUAUACUGUCUCCAAUCCACCACAUGCACAAUGAAAUAUAUUCAACUUCUGAUCAGUUCACCCAUAGUCUUCUCAUCUGAAAAGCAGAGGAACCCACACAGGAACCGUGACAUCAAGCUGCAAGGAAAUGGUGUCUGCAGCCAUUGCUCUGGCCUUCGUGCCGUUGCUGCUCACGCUGAUCAUCCGGUACCGGUUCUUCUUCGUGCUGUUCUACCGGGCCGUGCUUCUACGCUGGGUUCAGGACUUUAUGACAGGCAUCAGUAGGGAGGAGAGAGUGUAUGAGUAUGUCCUGACACACGCCACACAAGGAGAUCCUGACAGCAUCCUCAACACCUUCGAUCUCUGGUGCAGCAACAUCGAGUUCAUCAGCCAUAUAGGACCUAAAAAAGGUUUGAUUCUGGACCGUCUGCUGAAGGAGCUUUGUCCUCUGACGGUGUUGGAACUGGGGACUCACUGCGGCUACACCACAGUGAGAAUCGCACGCUCUCUGCCUCUUGGUGCUCGGCUCUACUCAGUGGAGAUGGAUGAGAGGAACGCACGUGUGGCCGAGAAAAUCAUCCGACUGGCCGGGUUCGAUGAUGACACGGUGGAGCUGAUUGUGCGACCCUCUGAUGAGGUGAUUCCCCGUUUGCGUGAGGAUUUCGGUAUUGAUCAUCUGGACUUUGUGUUCAUGGACCACUGGAAGCGGUGUUACCUGCCGGACCUGCAGGCUCUGGAGGACAGCGGGCUGCUGGGUGAUGGCUCCAUGGUGUUGGCUGACAACGUGUUGUUUCCCGGUGCUCCCAGCUUCCUGCGCCACGUGCGUCACUCUGGCCUCUAUGAAUAUCGCGUGCACCGCGCCGCGCUCGAGUACAUCCGGGGAAUCCGUGACGGCAUGGCCGAACUCGUGUACCGCGGCAUCAAGUAAAGGAUCAGCAUCAAGCCACUCAGCUUAUUUAUUUUAAAAUAAAGACACUGAGCACUAGCUCUUAUAAACUACUGCUACAGGGAACAAAAUGUUCAUGGGAACACCCAGAAAAAUGAAAAAUAAAGAUUAAACUGCACAAAAUGUAACAUGCAA